CGCUGCCGGGGCCCGUGCCGGGCUCGAGUCCGGCCGUCACCGUCGGGACAGGAAGUGCCUGCUUGCUGCCCCCUUGCCCUGGCGGGGCGGUUCUCGGUCCGAGAGGAGCCCGUCAGUCCGAUCGGGGUUUAUAAUGCAAACCGGCACUCCUGACACCUGUAGCAACUGCACUGCCGCCCGGGCCCGUAUCCGGCGAGAGGUCUGCUCCCCCCGGUAGCUGUGGACUGCCAUGAAGUGGUACUUCCAAAUCCUGACUCUAGUUUGCUGCUUUGUGAAAAUAUCAAAGGCUGCCAAAAUUGUGGUUGUGCCGCCGAUUAUGUUUGAAAGCCAUCUUUAUAUUUUUAAGACUCUAGCUAAGGCUUUACAUGAGGAUGGACAUGAGAUGGUGUUUGCAGUGUCAGAAGGCAGAGAGAUCCCUUCAUCGGAUUACUUCAGAUUGCUACGAUAUCCAGGCUUCUUCAAUAGCACCACAGCAGAUGAUUUCUUGCAGUCCAAGAUGAGGAAUAUUUUUUCUGGAAGACUAACUGCACUAGAGCUCUUUGACAUUCUGGAGCAUUACUCCAAGAACUGUGACAUCAUGGUCGGCAGCCAGAGUUUUAUUGCUCAGCUGAAAGAAGAAAAGUUUGACUUGCUUUUAGUGGACCCUAAUGAAAUGUGCGGCUUUGUGAUUGCACACCUUCUGGGAGUGAAGUAUGCUGUCUUUUCCACUGGCCUUUGGUAUCCAGCGGAGGUUGGUGCUCCAACACCACUAGCCUAUGUACCAGAAUUCAACUCCCUCCUUACAGACAACAUGAAUUUGUUUCAACGAAUUACAAAUAUUGCAGUGUACUUAGUAUCGCGCUUUGGUGUGAAUUUUCUGUUCUUGCCAAAAUAUGAGAGAAUAAUGCUGAAGUACAAAAUUGAGCCUGAGCGCUCCAUGUAUGACUUAAUACAGGGUUCCAGUUUAUGGAUGCUGUGCACUGAUGUGGCACUCGAGUUUCCUCGACCUACAUUACCCAAUGUUGUGUAUGUAGGAGGAAUAUUGACAAAACCUGCCAGCCUUCUACCAGAAGACUUCAUGAUCUGGGCAGAUGGUGCUAAAGAUGAAGGCUUUGUUCUCGUAUCGUUUGGAGCUGGUGUGAAGUAUUUGUCAGAUGAAGUUGCACACACAUUGGCAGGAGCUUUGGCGAGACUCCCUCAAAGAGUGAUGUGGAGGUAUUCUGGGAAAAAACCCAGCAAUCUGAGCAACAAUACAAGACUUGUAGAAUGGGUGCCACAGAAUGAUUUACUUGGCCACCCAAACAUAAGAGGAUUUCUGAGCCAUGGUGGUCUGAAUGGUAUCUUUGAAGCAAUGUACCAUGGUGUACCUGUGGUUGGAAUUCCCCUUUUCGGUGAUCAUUAUGAUACAAUGACCCGUGUGCAUGCCAAAGGGAUGGGCAUUUCAUUAAACUGGAAAACAAUGACAGAAGAUGAUCUGUAUAAUGCAAUGGUGACGAUAAUCACUGAUCCACGCUACAAGCAACGUGCAGAACAGUUAUCGCAGAUCCAUAAAGACCAACCAGAACAUCCUGUGAACCGAACAGUUUAUUGGAUUAACUACAUCCUCCGUUACAGAGGGGCAGCACAUCUACGUGCUGCUGUGUAUAAUAUCCAGUUCUACCAAUACUACUUGCUGGAUGCAUUUCUGCUAAUUGCAAUAAGUGUUAUUGUUGCAUUCAAGAUAGGAUUUUGGAUAGUAAAUUGGGUCACCAGAAGGUUUUCACCUAAAUUGUUGCAGAGUAAAGCUAAUGGAUGCUGCUGCAAUGGAAUACCAAAUGGUAAACAUCGGAAGAACGGUCACAUCAAACAUGAAAAAAAAGUGAAAUGAGUAUCUAUUCCUUAAUACUGGGAAAUAUAUAACAGUUAACUGUUAAUAUAAUUCCAAAUGUGUAACACAUUACUGGCAGCAUUUAAGAAAAUAACUGUUAAUACUCUCCACUAUUUAACCUCAUUUUGCCUAAAAUUCCAUGUGCUGACUAAAAGGCUGAUAAGCACAACUUAAAAUGCAAUACUGUAUAUUUGAAUCUUGAUAUUUCUGCACAAAUUACUUUUGGCACUGAAAACAAGGACCUUAAUUCUUGGAGCCUUUUAUUUUGAAUUUUUAUAAACCAUUUUGUGAUUUAUUAGUGACUUGUGUGCCCCAAUUUUUAAAACGAAUUAAAAAAUGCUUUGAUAUGUCUGAAAAAUUAUUUCAUUGUUUUACUUGUUUGUAUUCUCAGAUUAUGUAAGUUAGGAGUGUAUUGAAUAACACACUAAUUCAAUGGUGAUGUUGGUAUACUCAAUUAUUUGACCUAUUUAAAUGUUUUAUUUGCUAUGAUGAGUGCCAUAGCAGAUAAAACGAUCUCCUGACCUUAGAGAAUUACAGUUUUCUUCACCAUCACUAUGACUUUUAUUUACAAACACCCUUCCCUUACACGUAGCCAUUACUAAAUCAAAGGUGGUGUAUAGUUCAAUAAUUGUCAAGUAUUGCUUAAGUGAUCUAAUUUGAAGAUUUGUUUCAGAUUUUCAAACAAAAUUAAUUGUGUAGUUGAUGAGUAAGAAGAAGAAAGUACACUAUCUUAAUUUCACCUGGUUUAUAUUUAAUAAUUCAUGGGUAUAGGAAAUAACAUGCAGUUAGUUACAACACACAUUAAACAAUAUACUUACAGGUGCACCAUGUUUUUAAUGCAACUUGGGAAAUCCCAUUUAAAAAUGUCACAUCCAUGAUGGGUGGCAAUAAUUUCCACAAAAUAUUUCACAGAAUUUUGAGUGCAUCACCUUUUUCUCUAGGGCCAUUUAUUAAUUCAAUGCAAAACUGAGUGUUACCUUCCAAAUUGAUCUCACAAACUGAAUAAAUGUGUAUUGGGAAUUAAUUUCCCAUAUAAAUAUAUGAUCAAAAGUCAUAAGGUCUAGAUUCCACCAGGAAUAUCUUGGAUUGGCAAAGUUGAAGGUUUAUAUUUUUUUCAAUACUAUUUUACUAUUUGCCUUUAUCCUAUUGUCCUGUCCUGUGGCCCAGAGAAUAUAAAUGUGAAACUGUACAAGCAAAAGUGUUGCCCAUCACUUGCCAAAGUAUUUUUACAUGGUCUUUACAUUUUCUUAUCAGAACAUAUUGUAGGUAAGUAUUUAUCUGAUUGUUAUUUUCUGCAGUUUCAUUUUGGCAGCUUCUUUCUGUUCUUCUGAAUAUCUCUGGGGCACACAAUUCACUGUUUUGUAACUACUAGCCCUGUGCUGCUCUCCUGUAUGUUUGUCCUAGUUUGUCUACUGUGUGAUGUGUUUACUGACAAACUAGACCUUGUGUGAGUGCAUUUUUUUAAUUUAUUCUAAUUGAAGUUCAUGUGUCUGUCAGAGGAACUAAGAGUGCCUUGUAUCCAAUGUUAUUAUUGCCUCCUUGAUUCUGACCAAAAUAUGGACUGUAUUUUUCUAUCCUACUCGGAGCCACAAAUGGCCAUUGACUGUAGGGAAAUUGACGGGUUAUGAACAGCUGAUAGCUUUAAGUAAUUUAACGAACAAAAGUUGAUGUACUUUCACUUCUGUUCAAAGCCCUGUGCUGUGCUGCCAUGAAGUGGCCAUACGGAAAACAGAUGAAUGACUUUGAGGCUAUGAUUGGUGGGAUGAUAACAAGGUGGUUUUAGCAUAUCCAUAUGCAGAUAUGUUGAAAUGGAAUAACAGAUGCAACGUUUUUAGGUUCAAGCAUAGCUGUGCUAAAGCUGAAAAAGUCAAGCAAUAAGCACUGAUUACAUGCUGGCCUGGAACCCUUUUUAUAUGUAUAUAUAAAAAUGUAAAUGUCUGUAAUUUCAGCUACAGUUUUGAGUAUACACACUGGCGUCUGUUAUUGCAAUAAAGUUAAA